AUGGGGGUGGAGGUGAUCGACGUCACGCAGGUGCAGGUGGAGCACCUCAUCGGCAGGGGCGGGGCGACGCUCAAGGGGCUGCAGGACUCAACCGGCGCAAGGGUCGAGGUCGUCGGGGGCCCAAAGGUCCGCAUCACGGGCGACAGCGGGGCGAAGGUGGCGGCGGCCGCGGAGCAGGUGCGGGCGAUCAUCGCCAACCAAGAAAACCCCCACGGCGAGGACCCCGUCGGCGCACAGCUCCGCAAGGAGGCGGCGGCGGCAAUCGCGGAGUGCAACGACGACGACAAAGGGAAAGGGGAGGACGACAUCGACAUGCAUGAUCCGCGAAAGGACGAGGCCACGGCGUUGCCUGAGGCCCAAGACCAGGCAGACAAGGAAAUCCCCAAAGCAACCGCAAAGGGGUUCGGAGGCAUCCCAGGCGCCGGUCGCUUCUCUGCACUGGGGAAGCAAGCGCUGGGGGCCGCAGUGGACAUGGCUCUCGACUCCACGGGCAUUCCACUCUCGGCCCUCCCGUUGGGCGCACUAAAGUCAGCCGUCACCGGCGCAGCAAAGGCAGCUGCGGCUGCGGGCAAGGAGAAGGGGAAGAAGGACGACAAGGAGCCGGACUCUUCGGGUGCCAACCUGCAGUCGCUGGCCACGGAGAAGGCGAAGAGCAAGUGUGUCAACAUGUGCGUGGUGGUGUAG